CAUUUUGACACGCAUCUUUUGCUCAUCGUAAUUGAUUAUUAUAGUUGAAAUAUAAUUAAAAUUUAAAAAUAUUCCAUAAACAGGUACAUUUCAGUUAAAAUAACAUUUAUUUGCAUUUAGUAGUAGAUUAAUCUACCAUGGCUGAUGUAUUAGACAUUGAGAAUUCCGAAGAAUUUGAGGUGGACGAAGACGGUGAACAGGGAAUUGCAAGACUCAAAGAGAAGGCGCGUAAACGUAAAGGUCGUGGAUUUGGCAAUGAAGGCGGUGGCGGCGGCGCAGCAGAGCGCGGGAAUAGAGGAAGAUAUGAUAGUUUAGCCCCAGAAGGUGAUGGUAAUACACCAGGUCCACAGAGAUCAGUAGAGGGUUGGAUAUUGUUUGUCAGCAAUGUGCAUGAAGAAGCACAGGAGGAAGACAUACAGAAUCAGUUCUCUGAGUUUGGUGAGAUUAAAAAUAUACAUUUAAACUUGGAUCGCCGUACUGGAUUCUUAAAGGGAUAUGCUUUAGUAGAAUAUGAAACAUACAAACAAGCUGCGAGCGCCCGUGAGUCAUUAGAUGGAGCUGAUAUCUUGGGCCAGGCAAUCUCAGUCGACUGGUGUUUUGUAAAGGGACCAACCAAAACCCACAAGAAGAGGCGAUAAAUAUCUUCUAUUUAAUAAAUAAAUCAUUAGAGUUAUGUAUUGCACUAAACAUAAAUAUUUGAAACUUUUGCAUUUCAAUUGUAAUACCAGAUUCCUGUUAUU